AUGCCCGAACUGGAGCCGAUUUUUGAGGGCGUUUUCGAGAAUUCCCCAAAUCAUCCUGCAGGGUUCGAGCCCGCAGCACCACCGCCAGGGGCAGCAUCUGCCAACGCAUCUCCCAAAGAAUCUCCCAAGAACUCUCCCAAAACGUCCCCACAGAAAUCAAGGUCUCCCAGCAAAACGGCGUCCCCCAGGAGAGCUCAGUCUCCCCAGAAGGCGCAGUCCCCAAGUCCUGUAGCAGCGAAGGUGAUUCCUGUGACGGACGCAACAGCAGCCACUGAAGCACAUUUUGAGGCGUCUCAAAAAUCGACUCCAGUGGCAGUGAAGGUGAUUCCUGUGACUGACUCUAGAGCAGAGGACGCAAUAGUAGCAGCGCCAUCACCAGCAGCACCAACAGCAGCAGCUGCAGCACCAGCCCCAGCAGCAGCAGAGCAACCUUCGCCGGUUCCACAGACUACCACAGCAGCCAAGGAUUCCGAGGAUUCCACCUCUGCUGUUAACAGCACUUCUAGUGGUAUGACAGAUGAGCAAGCAGCCGUGGUGAUCCAGUCAGUCUGGAGGGGCCACCAGGUGCGGUCCUCUAAGCCGUUCGAGGUGGCCAAGCCUAUUGUUGAGCUUCGGAAGCUUCUUCGGGAGAUGGAGGAGAGGCUCGGGGACAAGGAGUUUGUAGCCAAGGUGGUUACCGAGCCUAUGGAGAAGCUUCGGGCGACGGAGACGAUCAUGUGCUGGCUGUUUCGUCUGGACGGCGUUCAGUCGAUGAACCAGGAGGUUCGGGCACUGAGACGAGACAUGGCUCGGAAACUGAACCGGCUGUUGGAUCGGUUCGAUGCUCUGACUCUCCCCGCACCUGAGGAGUGA